AUGCGACACGGAAAUAAAGCAGGACAAUUUUCAUUAACACAUGUCACAGGCCUUCGUGUUCGGGAAACAAAGGAAGUGUAUGAGGGUGAAGUCACAGAACUUACUCCCGAGGAGACUGAGAAUCCUCUCGGUGGGUACGGGCGCACAAUCAGCCAUCUUAUUAUCGGAUUGAAGUCCGCCAAGGGUACCAAGAAGCUGCGCUUGGACCCCAGCAUCUACGAAGCUAUUCAGAAGGAGCGCGUCACGGUUGGAGACGUUAUCUACAUCGAAGCAAACACCGGAGCGUGCAAGCGAGUUGGCCGAUCCGACGCCUACGCGACUGAAUUCGAUCUUGAGGCCGAGGAGUAUGUGCCCGUCCCCAAGGGCGAGGUCCACAAGAAGAAGGAGAUCGUACAAGAUGUGACCCUCCACGAUUUGGAUAUGGCCAACGCGCGGCCGCAGGGUGGUCAAGAUGUUAUGAGCAUGAUGGGCCAGUUGAUGAAGCCCAAGAAGACCGAAAUUACGGACAAGCUGCGCCAGGAGAUCAACAAGGUUGUCAACCGCUACAUCGACCAGGGUGUCGCCGAACUGGUGCCCGGUGUUCUGUUCAUUGAUGAGGUUCACAUGCUCGACAUUGAGUGCUUCACAUAUCUGAACCGUGCUCUCGAAUCGACCAUUUCCCCCAUUGUCAUCCUCGCCUCCAACCGCGGCCACACGGUUAUCCGUGGCACCGACGAUAUCACCGCUGCUCACGGCAUCCCCCCUGACCUGCUCGCCCGUCUUCUUAUUAUCCCCACCCAACCCUAUGCCCCCGAAGAAAUCAAGACCAUUAUUCGCUUGCGCGCCAAGGUCGAGAGUCUCAGCAUCACAGAACCUGCUUUGAACAAGGUCGCCGAGCACGGCAGCAAGGUCAGCUUGCGGUACGCCUUGCAGUUGUUGACCCCCGCCAGUAUCCUUGCGCGCGUCAAUGGCCGCCCCGCUGGAAUUGAGGAGGCCGACGUCGCCGAAUGCGAGGAUCUCUUCCUUGAUGCGAAGCGAAGUGCCAUCAUCGUUGGUCAGGAUAGCGACAAGUUCUUGUCAUAG